AUGAAGAAAGCUGGAAAUCCUGUAACCAAUCGUGCUGCAAUAAAGAAAUUGCUUGACUCGCUCCCCAAGGAAUGGAGCCUGCAGUGUAUGAUGAUCAAGAAGGAAUUCCUCAACAAUCCUAAUCCUGUUACUCUGACAGAUCUGAUCAACACUCUAAGGGCAUUUGAAAUGGACGUAAACAAGAGAGAGAUGAACACUGCUGGAUAUCAACCUAAAGCAACUCAACCUUCAGCAGGACUGAAGAAUGUAGCGUUUCUCGCUUCAGGGGGCAUUACUCCACAAGCUUCUGAUCUAAUUUAUGGAAAUGCUUCCGCAAGCGCAUCUAAAGCCCCACAAGUUGUUGAGAAAACGAUCACUGUCGAUACUCAAGCACUGAAAGUUUCAACCGAGAAUGUGGCACUCUUCAACACUUUCCUAAGCAGCUAUGAAGCCCUAAUGUCUGGGGAAUUGAGGAAGGAGAUGUUUACUGCCGAAGACAUGUAUCAGGUUGAUCCAGAUGAUAUGGAAGAAAUGGAUCUGAAAUGGCAAAUGGCCAUGAUCACUCUGAGAUUGAAGAAGUUUCAAGACAAGACAGGCAAGCGAUUAGGUCUUGGAAAAGCUGGUUUUGACAAGUCUAAGCUGAGGUGCUACAACUGUAAGAAUCUUGGACACUUCAAGCGUGACUGUCCGAUGUUGAAAGAGGGAAACAGUGAAGCUACUCCAGCUGCUAAACAGAUCACUGCCGAAGAGAACAAAAGCAACGCUUCUCCCAGCACGCCGAAGGCUUUGGUUGUUGAAGACUAUGACUGGAGCGAAGAGAUCACUGAAGCUAAGGAACAAGUCAACAAAGCACUGAUGGCCAAAAUCUCUAGUGAAUCAUCUGCAAAGCACUUUGAGAAGCAGACAACGGGAAUCCCAACUGGAAACAAUGAUGCUGACCAGGGAUUGAAAGGUAUUCUGCCUUCAGUGGAGUCUGGUGAUAAAGCUGAAAAAGAUGCUGAGAAAGGAAAGGAUAAAGUUCAAGCUAAAGCCAUGAAAGCAGAUGCAUCAAAAGAGAAGGCUGACAAAGACUUGAUUCCAUUGAGUGUAAAGAAGAUGUGUGCGAUGAUGAUGGAGACUGCGGAGGGUCAAAAAUAGGAAUUGGUUAUUCAGGCGACAGUUAUUCCACCGUUAACUGGUUCGUCUGGAAUUGUUCUAAAAACAAUGUUAAGGAUGAAUGUAAUAGUUUAAGUAGGAUGGAUGACUGUAAUGGCCAAGUGCCUAAAACUAAAUCUGUGGAUGACUGUAAGGGCCAUGUGCCUACAUUUGAGACCCGUGAUCAUGAACCUUAUGUGUCUGAAUGUCAUGGUUUGAAUUAUGCGUGUCGUGAUGAUAAUGUUGCUUGUGAAUCUCCUGUAUU